CCAAAGUGCGGGGUUAGAGAUAGCCACCGAGACGCCUUGGAUCUUUCUCGGUGAGAAGACGGGCACCAACCCUAUAAAAGAAGCUUUCCCUCUUGUCAUUUGGAAGCUAAGCCUACCAGGGACAGGCAACCACCGCACAUUGGAGGGAACGGCGCAGCAGCUGGGAGAAGGAGAAGGGAGAAGCGGGCCAAGUCUUCGGUGUUCCUUCCUUGCAAGCAUCGUUAAUGGAGGGGUCAACGAGCCAAGACCAUGUGAUUGGGAUCCCGGUGAGCAACACGGCCUAUGGCAUAGAGGAGCCGGACUUCCCAGCGGAGGAGACGACGACCCCUGAUCAUGGCGGUUUCGUUGGUUCCUUCCAAUUCAACGACGACGCGAAUAGCCCGACGACGACGACGACAACCGACCGGGAGAGCAAAUUUGGCAGGAAGGGGGGCAAGAUUGCUCAGGGCAUCAAAGAACAUGUGACCCUCGGCCCGAAGAUAUCGGAAACGGUCAAGGGGAAGCUCACGCUGGGCGCAAAAAUCCUCCAGGCCGGCGGCGUGGAGAAGGUGUUCCGGCAGUGGUUCUCGGUGGACAAGAACGAGAAGCUGCUCAGGGCCUCGCAGUGCUACCUGUCGACGACGGCCGGGCCGAUCGCCGGCAUGCUGUUCGUGUCGACGGAGCGGGUCGCGUUCCGCAGCGACCGGUCGCUGGCGGUGGCCGCCCCGACCGGCGACAAGGUGCGCGUGCCGUACAAGGUGGCGAUCCCGCUGCGGAAGGUGAAGGCCGCCAGGCCGAGCGAGAACAAGCACAGGCCCGAGCAGAAGUACAUCGAGGUCGUCACCAACGACGGCUUCGAGUUCUGGUUCAUGGGCUUCGUCAGCUACAACCGCUCGCUGCACCACCUGGAGCAGGCCGUCGCGCAGGCACGGCGAUGACACGCAGCGCGCGCGCUCGAUCAUGUGGCGUGGCGGAGUUCCGGUCUCGUCUCUUCGUGUCGUACGUGUGUGUGCGCCUUGUGAUGCUUAGACGGGCUAGGAUUUUGUGUACCUAGGUUAAAAUGGUUAAUCACAACAUGUCGUUGUGCGUUGGGUUCCCAUGGUUGGCUUGCUUGCUGAUGGAUUGAUCGAUCGGCAGCUCUGCAAUUGCAUCCAGCAGGUUAGGUAUAGGGAGAUGGUAAUUAGGGCAUGACGGCAUGCGAUGUUUUCUGGGGACGCGCAGAAUUGAAA